UUCAGUCGUUCUGCGGAUACCAACGACAGCUUUCACGGGUUGUCACCUCCACAACGAUGGCUUGGAAAAUCCUUCUAUUAUGCCUGGUGCCGCUGGCAUCAGCAGCCGUGAAGUUCCAGGAGACCUUCGCCUGGAAUGUCAUGGACUGGAAUUAUCCAACCGAAGCUUCCAGACAGCAGGCGAUCCAAGCUGGAGCGCUAAUUCCAGAGAACGCUCUGCCAGUUGGAAUUGAAAGAUGGAGGAACAAACUCUUCGUCAGUGUGCCCCGUUGGAGACCUGGUAUCCCAGCGACCCUAAACUACAUUCCACUUGACGCGCCCUACGACCCAUCGCCGAAGCUGAACCCCUACCCGAGUUGGCAAGGCAACGAGUUGGGCAACUGCGACAGUGGGCUCAACACCGUCUACAGGAUCAAAGCCGACAAGUGUGACCGGCUCUGGGUUUUGGACGUCGGUACUUAUGGAUACGAUCCUAAUGUCACCAACCUGUGCCCAUACGCCCUGAACGUUUACGACCUGAACACUGAUCAAAGAAUCAGGCGAUAUGUGUUCCGCCCUGAAGACAUUGUGUCCACCACCUUCAUCGCCAACAUCGCCAUCGACAUGGGUUCAAGCUGCGACGACACUUUCGCUUAUUUCUCAGACGAACUUGGAUAUGGACUGAUCGCCUACUCUUGGGAACAAAACAAGUCUUGGAGGUUCAGUCACAGCUACUUCAUGCCCGACCCCUUAGUCGGCGACUUCAACAUUGCCGGCCUAAACUUCCAAUGGGGAGCCGAGGGAAUCUUCGGAAUCACCCUGUCUCCCAUCGGCUUAGAUGGAUACAGAACCUUAUACUUCAGUCCGCUAUCCAGUCAUACUGAAUUUGCCGUAUCCACUAAAAUCUUAAGAGACGAAACUAAAGUCAAAGGCUCAUACCAAGACUUCAAAGUUGUAGGAGUUCGAGGACAUGAUGGACACACCACCUCAAAAGUAAUGGAGGGUACGAUUCAACUGUUCAAUUUGAUUGACCAAAACGCAAUUGGAUGUUGGAAUUCCGCUCUUUCGUACAAACCUCAAAACAUUGGCAUUGUUGACAAAGACGACGUAGGUUUUGUAUUCCCAUGUGACGUAAAAGUCGACGAGGACAAAAAUGUUUGGAUGAUCUCAGACCGUAUGCCCGUAUUCUUAGAAGCUGAAUUAGAUUACAGCGACAUCAAUUUCAGAAUUUACACGGUCCCGUUGGAGACUCUCGUACAAGGAACUGUAUGUGAGGCUCCGGUGCAAUUCCGAUCUGGUGUGAAUCCUUCCCAAAACCCUCAAAACUUGCCUGUACUUAGAUACCAAGCCACACCAUCUCCAUUGAGGACCAAGUCUUAUACUACAGCCCUCCAAACUCGUCCUACUCCAUCGCCGUUCUCCCAAAUAUCCUACAAUGUUAUCCCGAAGAGUAACAACUACAUUAACAUCGAUUUUCCUGCACAACCUGCAGUAUCAUACUUUACUAAUGAGCCUCGAAACGCCAAUCAUCCUUGGUUGUAAGUAGAUUAAAUGGUUCUAAACUAUCCUAUAUUAUUUAAAUCGCGUAUUUGUGUGUGUGUUUUGUGAUAGUUUGAUUGGUAAGUGUGAGAUAUGGUUGUGCAUUUCCUACUCGCUUUUGUUUGUGACAAGUGUGCCCGUGUCUGUUAUUGAAUAUUUUGCUUGUUUAUUGAUCUUAAGCUUUGUGAAAGAGUGAUUUCUUAUGUGUUCUUAAUUCUGUUUAAUAUUCAGUACAGUUUAGUGUUUUUCUUGAAAACGAUAUAAUGUAACGUCACGUACAUUACACAGUUAGUACACUCGAUUUAUAUGCAAUUUUGUUGCAAAUAAAAUUGAAUUAAUUAAAAAAUAAAGCAGUGCUUUUUGCUACUGCUUAUUUUGAACAUAUUUUGAAUAUAUUGUCGAACAGUUGUG